AUGGUGCGGGCGACAGCAGCCCCGGCGGCGCGGCCAAACUUGGCGGUGGCUCCGGCGGUUCGGCUGGCCCUGCCCCGGCCUCGGACGACGAGCGCGGCGCGGCGCGGCACGGCGCGGCGGCCAAGGGGGCGGGGGCGCGGGGCGCUUCCUACUCGCGGGAGCGCCGAGGCGACCUCAGCCCCUCAUCUUUACGUAACCGGCAGCGCCUCCGCACGCAGCAUCCACGGCCCCGGCUCCGCCGCGCCGCCGCCUCUCGCCGCCGCCCCUGCCCCGCGCCGGCCGCGAUCCCCCGACGGGCGCGCCGGCCCCUCCGAGCCGGCUCCCUUGGAAAGAUGCCACACGUGGCGGUCGCAAGUUUAUUCGACUGAAAACGCCCCCGAGGCGCUGGGAGAGGCAACUGCAGGAGAGUCAGAACGGCCCUGCCGUGGAGAGGUGCGUCUAGAACUGAGGCGUGCGGCCAAUCCGACUGUUCUGUCUCGCUGCCUCGUGCUACCCCUACAGCCUCGAACGCCGACAGUUAAAAGGGUAACAGCCGGGAGGCAGGGCAGGGGCAGCCGCUCCGCUUUGGGAGCGCCUCCCGGUCCCGUAGCCGGUCCGGGCCCCCCGCCUCACGUCCCAGCUCGAGGAGCGGUGGGACGCAUCUUCCCUAGUCAGUUGUGCUCGUUCCUAUGACAAAAAACUUCGGCUUCGGUUUUCCAGCUCGCAAACAGUUAAGUGACUUCCUGCAAACGCUACAGUCCCAGCAACCAGCCUUCCAAUCAAAAGUAAGUUGGUUGAUGUCACUGGCAUCGGCUCGGCCAAUCAGAAGGGCGUUCCGAAAGCAAGCUCUCGACACUUGUAAACGCAGGGCUGUGUAGUGAAACUGGACACAUCUUUGUAUUUUGUGUCGCUGGUAGUAAAAGUGAGAUACGGAUGGGAGGACAGGGGUGAUGAAUAAAUGCAGUGUGAAUUUAUAAUUUUUUUUUAAAAAACUCAAUAUGUCAGGACAAGUUGUCCAAAAAUAAACACAGAUGAGAAAG